AGGUGUGUGUGUAGCAUGACGGAGGGGGAGAGGGUGAAGUUUGUUUGUCUUUUUCGCCCCUCUCUCCCUUCCACGGCCUGGCACAGUCUCCCUGGCACUCGUGUGGGCAGAGGCACAUCCCCUCCGCGCCCAGACGUGGCGGCGGCGUGCCAAACACAGUACCUAACACAAGACACAGCGAUGGGUACCCAGGCCACCUCCAUCCUCCUCCUCCUCCUCCUCCUCCUCUUCGAUUCCUCCUCCUCCUCGCCUCCUACCGUCUGCCUCCACUACCAGGGCUGCUACCAAGACGACCAGCUCCUGCUCCACCACGCCACGACCUUCCACUCCUACGACACGAAGAGAACCGCGGAGAACUGUGCGCGGUUGUGUUUGCAGCGACGACCGGACACAGAGGUCGUCUUGGUGAAGCUAGAGGGCGUGGCUGAGCUCCUGUCGUGUAGCUGCGGCGACGACCUGACACUGGGCAACCACACUGGGCUGACACUCGACCACUUGGCAUGUUAUUUGUGUCCUGACAGUGAGCGGGAGAAGUGUGGGAGCGAUACGACGUCUAGUGCGUAUAACAUUGACCGUCUUGGUGUGGAAACCUGUGAAAAUAAGUUACUGACGGUCCCGCCACCAGUAACCAUGCCUCCUACCACUACCACGACCACUGCUAACGCCACUGAGGAGCCAAACGAACCAGUCAGACCAGUCAAAUCAUCACCGGUGCAAAGAUAUCACCCAGGAACCGGGAACAGCAUCAACACGUCCCUGUCCCACCACCCAACGCAAGACGCCGCCGAUUCUCUCACCGGCGUUGCAGCGUUGCCACAUCUCCGCCACCUGGGAUGCUACGACGAGGGUGACGUGAACGAGACGCUGGUGGUGACGCUGGUGGUGAGUGACGCUGGUGGUGACGGGGUGCUGUACUGCGCUGGGAACUGCUCCUGCGUCCACCCCGCCCAUGCUGACGUGUUCCUGCUGAAGGUGCUGACUGCUGACCUGCUCUACUGUGGCUGUGGGUGGGCCCCGCUGGUGCUGCUGCUGCUGGCGGUGCUCGCGGCCAAUACGUCAGCGCGACCACAAGGUGAACGGAGACGCCCAAUAUUGGGGCGGAACAGACAAAACCUGCUGUCCCGCCGCACCUCAGCCACGGCCUCCUCGACCACCGAAGCACCGCAGGAGGAAGACCAGCCAAGCGACUCCCCCUCUGCCCCCUCCCCGCCACCUGGGUCGCUCCGCCGCCGCCGCCCGUCGUUCCGCCCGGCAAUCAAGUUCGGAGGUCGAGGUGAUAACUCCCAGAAACCCAAGACCGAGCCAGAACCGGAAGUCAUCAGCGAACCGAAACCCGAAGAGCCUGCAAGUGAGCCUGAAGUCAUCGCCGAGCCCGAGCCACAGGCCGAAGAGGAUGCCGAGGCCAAGGUCAUCGCCAAAGGGAAGGACGCCGAAAUCAUCACGAAGCCGAGACCCGGAGAGGAGUUCGUCGCCUUCCAGACCAGUGACCUCGACGUGGCCAGCCCCCAGGUGACCCCAGAUGACCUCCCCUCCCCCCCGGCCGACUCAGUCUUCACCGCCCAUGAAGGAGAGGUCAUCGUCGUCCCCGUGGGCCCCGAGGAUGCUGCAGGACCCCAGGGGGAUAUCUCAGACCUCCAGGACACCCCCGUUGAGGAGUUGCUUCACGAGGACAGCCCUGCAGCCUUUGAGGACCUCCCCUUGGAGGCAGCCCCCCGCGAGGACGCCCUUGAUGACUCGCACCACCUCGACCUGACUCACCAAGAGGAACUGACUCACCAAGAGGAACUGGCUCACCAUGAAGAGGCAUUUGUAGAUGACAUGACUCACCUCGAGGAACUGGCCCACCACGAGGAACUAACUCACCAUGAUGAAGUGACUCACCAAGAGGAUUUCAUUCACCACGAUGAGCUGAUUCACCAUGAAGAACUAACUCACGAAGAGGAUCUGAUUCACCAAGAGGAUCUGACUCACCAAGAGGAUCUGACUCACCAAGAGGAUCUGACUCACCAAGAGGAUCUGACUCACCGAGAGGAUCUGACUCACCAAGAGGAUUUGAUUCACCAAGAGGAUUUGAUUCACCAAGAGGAUUUGAUUCACCAAGAGGAUUUGAUUCACCAAGAGGAUCAGACUCAUCAUGAAGAAAUGACUCACCAUGAAGAAGAGGUUCUCCUUGAAGACCUGCCUCAUCAGGAGGAAUUGCUUCACCAAGACGAAUUCGGUCAUCAUGAAGAUAUGACUCACCAAGAAGAAUUGACUCACCAAGAAGAACUGGCUCACCAAGACGCCCUGACUCAUCAAGGGGAGGAGGCCUUCCUAGAAGAGCUUCACCACGAGGAGCUUUCCCGCCAAGAGGAACUGAGUCAUCACGAGGAAAGGACUCUUGGUCACCAAGAGGACGCAGCUCACUUCGAUGACCUGACCCACGGGGAACUGGCUCACGAAGAGGAACUUACUCAUCAAGAGGAACUCGCUCACGAGCAGACUCACCAAGAGGAGAGCGCCCAUGACGUGACUCAUCAAGAGGAGCUGGUUCAUGCCGAGCUGACUCAUGACUUGACUCACCAUGAUGAACUGGCUCACGGGCUGCCUCACCAUAAGGACCCAAGUCUCCUGGAGCUCCUGCCGGACACACACGUGGAGGAGGAGGCGGUGGCGGAGGAGCGGUCCGCCGCCCACCCCCCCGAGACCGAGACGGAGAUUCCCGAGGGCGUGACCAUCCCCCCAGUGGUGUUCCCCGAGGAGGCGGCGAAGGAGGGGGGCGCGGCCACCCCGGCUGAGAACGUACUGGGGAAGGAGAGCGAGAAGAAGGAGGCCGGGGCUGAGGGGGAGGUGAUCGGGGUGUCCGGGGCGGGGGGCCGGAGCCUGGCGGGGCAGGAGAAGGAGCUGCUUCCCUCAGAGACCGAGCUGAGGACGCGCAGCAAGAUCGAGAUCAAGGAGGUGAACGGCCAGAUGUACGAGUACGAGUACAUCUACUACUACGACGACGAGUACCCGCUCUACGACGACGACCUGGCCGUGGACGUCGACCCCGCCCCCGCCGCACACCAGGACCCGGCACAGGACCCGGACCAAGACCCAGCCCAGGACCUUACUCAUGACCCAGCCCAGGACCCGGACCAGGAGGUACCCGAGGACGGACUCCAGACCGAGCAGCCCCUUGAGACCCUGACCACCACCACCACCACCACCACCACGACGACCCCCGCUCCCACGACCACGCCGCCGCCGACCACCACCCUGCCGAGUCGUGGGUCCAGUCGGUCCCGCGGCAGCAGCAGGUCCCGGGGCGGCAGCAGGUUCCAGACCACGCAGGAGGUGCAGGAGGAAGCGGAGGUGGUAGAGGAGGUGCAGAGCUUCGGCAGCAGGGGCAGGAGCAGGAGCAGGGAGCGUGGCGGCAGCAGCAGACUAGAGGCGCUUCCGGAGGAGAACACCAUCGACGCCCCAGCCCGCGGCCGCUCCUUUGAGACUUCCCGCACGACCAGCCGCGGCCGCGGCCGCAACACCGUCCGUGAGUCGUCCCGUGCCGCUGCCGCCGCCGCCGCCGAUGCCGCCGUGGCCGUGGAGGAGGACAAGCUGCCACCCAGCACCAGGUUCCCGCCGCGCACCACCCCCACCACCACCACCGCCGCGCCGCCGCCCCUGGACGACACGCUGCUGGAGGAGCUGACGGACGACCACCGCGAGCCGCUCUUCGAGGAGUCGUCCCGCCUGGGCCUGGACGACCACCACGACACGCCGCUGGUGCCGGGGCUCACCGGAGACCACCGCGAGCCCCGGGUGCUGGGCGAGGGCGAGGCGCCCCACACGGAGGCCCCCACCACCAUGAUGCCGCCCGCCGUGUCCGCCGUGUCCCUCUACGCCUUCUCCGCCGCCGCCGAGGCCGAGGACGCCGAAGUCACCACCACCACCACCACCACGCCCGACGUGUAUGACUACGACACCGCGGCGCCGCCCGCCGACUACUACUCCUACGACUACUACGGCGAGGGCACGGAGGUCCCCACGACCCCCGAGCCCCAGGCAGAGCCCGAGCCCGAGCCCGAGCCUGAGCCCACCACAGAGGAGCCCACAACCACCACCACCACCACCACCACAACCACCACGACCACCACCACCACCACCACGCCGGAGCCCACCACCACCACGGCCGCCUCGGGUCGGGACAAGUUCGGCUUCAGGCCCCGCGGGUCGUCCCGUCUCCGUCCAGGGGCAGCCUCUCGCUUCACACCCUCCACCACCGAGGCCACCACCACCACCGCCGCCGCCGCCCCCUCCCUCGGGAACAGGAACCGCUUCGGAACCUCUCGCUUCGGCUCCUCCCGCUUCAGGCCCGGCAGAGGCAAGACCCAGGAGGCGACGGAGGCCCCGGCGGAGGAGGAGGAGGAGGUAGAGGCCAGCCCCGCUCCCGCCCCGGCCUCGCGCGGCCCCGGUGGAGUCUCGCGCUUCAACAAGCCGCGCCUCGGCGGCUCCCUCAGCUUCAGGCGGAGCGGCAGCCGGCCCGGUGCCACCACCCCUGAGGACGCCGACCCCGCCCCAGCACCCUCCCCGACCCCCUCGCUGUCCCCGUCACCCUCCCCGACCCCGUCCGCCGCCCCGGCCUCGCCUCUCUCCCUCUCGUCCCGCCGCUCCCGCCCCCGCCCCGGCGGCCUCUUCUCCCGCCCCGGCCAGCGGCAGCGGGUGCGUGGCGGCGGAGCACAGGCCGCCGAGGAGGCCCCUGAGGCGGCCCCUGCGGAGGACCCCGAGGACCCGGAGGCUGACCCCACCCUCGCCGAGGAACCCGAGGCACCCCAGCCCACUGACCAGGCAGACCCCGCCCCCGCCCCCGCCCCCACCCCCGCCCGCGACGCUCCCACCCGCGCGGGUGGUCGCCGCCCCCUCAACAGGCACCGCUUUGGCGUGCGCGGCUCCCGGCCCGCCCAAAGCACUCCUGAGGCCCCCGAGGCCAGCGAGGCCCCCGCCGACCCCGCCCCCGCCGACUCCACCCCCGCCGCCGCCGCCGCGCCCACCACUGCCAACAGACGCACCUCCCUGCAGAGCCGCGCCAGGCCCUCACUGAACAGGUUCCGGGGCCGCGGGCCACAGCGGGGCCGCGGCACCGAAGCCACGCCGGCGGCGGAGGUCGCGGCCGAGGCAACCUUCGGCGAGGAGGAGCAGCUGCUGGAGGCCGAGGUGGCCCCAACGGGCGAAGCGCCUCUCGAGGACGGGGUCGAGCUGCAGCCGGCGGAGGAGGAGCAGCCCGCCGAGGAGGCCCCGGGCGGGGCGGGACCGGGGCGUCGCGGCGGCGGCGGAGGCGGCGGCGGCUUCCUGAGCAGGUUCCGGGGCCGUCAGACCAAGCGCCCCGACAAGCCCGCCGCCGCCAAGAAACCCCAGCAGGCCACCGCAGCGCCAGCCAGCCAGCGGCGCCCGGGCGGCAUCUCGUCGCUCUUCAACCGCCGCCGCCGCCCCGGCAAGGAGGAGCCCACCCCCGCCCCGGAGGAGGAGCCCCAGGACCCCGCCGCCGCCGCUCCAGAGGAGUUCCUUGGCCUGGAGGAGGAGGUGGCCUUGGCAGGGGAGGAGGCACCCGCGGAGGGCCUAGAGGAAGCCGCCCCCACCCUGGAGGAACCCGCGGAAGAGGAGGCGGUGGAGGAGGACCCGCAGAAGAAGAAAGGGAUGAGGAACCGAUUCUUCCUCAACAGACGAAGGAAUAGGAGUUAGGAUGUUAGGGUGACUCUCUCUCUCUCUCUCUCUCUCUCUCUCUCUCUUCUUUUCUCUCUUCUCUUCCUCUUCUCUUCUUCUCCUCCCUCCUCUUCUUCUUCUUCUUCCUCCUUCUUCUGUGUCUACACCACUCUCUCUACCUCGCUCUCCUCUCUUCCUUCUCCUCCACUUCUUCCUCCUCCUCCUCCUCCUUUCUCCUUAUUUCUCUCCUUUCCUCCCUUUCCUCCUUCUCUCUCCCUCUUUUCUUCUGAUAAAUAUGUAGAUAAUUGAGUGUGUGUGUGUGUGUGUGUGUGUGUGUGUGUGUGUGUGUGUGUUUCCUAGCUGUUAUAAAGCCAACGUGUGUGUGUGUGUGUGUGUGUGUACGUGGACUGAUAAGACCUACAUACAUUCACAUACGUACACACACACAGACACACACACACACACACACACACACACAGAUGAACGCAUCGUGUGCGUGUGUGUGUACGUAGAUUUAUAGAUACAUAGCUACGUACAUGAACUCUAGUGUGUGUGUGAAUACCCGUGUGUACGUGUGUAUGGAAUAAGCCGUGUGUGUACAUGAUACCUUAUAUAAAACGUACAUGAAGUAAACUUUCACACGCGUACAUGAAAUUUGUGUGUACGUGAAAUACAAACAUAUACGUACAUGAAUUUAUGCCUGUACGUAAAUUAAACAUACACAAGCGUACAUGAUUUUUCUGUGUGUACUUAAGAUAUACAUACACAAGCGUACAUGAUUUUUUGUGUGCGUCAAAUUCAUACACAUGCGUACAUGAAUUUAUGCCUGUACGUAAAUUAAACAUACACAGACAUACAUGAAUUUUUGUGUGUACGUAAAAUUGAACAUACACAAACGUACAUGAUUUUUCUGUGUGUACGUAAAUUAAACAUGCACAUACGUACAUGAUUUUUUUGUGUGUACAUCAAAUUUAUACACACACGUACAUGACUUUUUUGUGUAUGUACGUCAAAUUAAACGUACAUGGAUUGUGUGUGUACGGAUUUUUUUUUUUUUUUGUAAUGUAAGAAAAAGUUGUAAGAAUUUUUUUGUUGUGUCAAUUUUAUAAAAAAGAAAACGUGAAAGGAGAAAAAAAUA